GACUGAAAUAGAGGAGUGUUGUUUCCUAAAGGAUGACUUUAAUACAAAGAAAAGCCUUUAACAAACUGCUCUCAUGUUUCUCUAACAUUGCCUCUCUACAAUGUCGGCUGCUACACAUUGGCCAGCGAGCCUCCCUCACUAAAACGUUCUCCACCCAAGAUGUAGAGCUGUUUGCCAAACUAACAGGUGACACUAACCCCCUCCAUCUCGACCCAGUCUAUGCCUCCACCACUGUCUUCAAGGCACCCAUCGUCCACGGCGUCCUUAUCAAUGGUCUGGUCUCUGCUGUGCUCGGCACCAGGAUGCCAGGCCCGGGUUGCAUUUUCCUGCACCAGAAGAUUCGCUUUCCGGCUCCGUUGUAUGUUGGCGAGGAGGUAUUGGCUGAGGCUGAGGUGCUCAAGAUCAAAAUGUCGUUUGCCGUGAUUGGUGUAAAGUGUUUGGUCAAGGGCAAGGUGGUGAUGGAGGGAGAGAUGAAGGUGAUGAUGCCAGAGAACAAGCAGAAGAAGGUUUGAAAAAUGGAGGAAUUAUGUUGACAAGGAGUGCUUGUUAGGAGAAAUUGCUAAUAAAUAUGGUGUGUGGUGUAAGUCCAUUUCACUUUUUGUUUAAGGAAUAAAAUAAAUAAUAUUUUAUUUGUAUAUUAACUUUUUUGUCAUUACGUUUUGGCUACAUUCUUUUAAACAUUGAAAAAUAAUUCUUGACCUCCCUGAGCUACUAUUUCUGUUUAGAUGCUGUUUAAUGCUGUGAGGAAUAAACUGCAGAAGAAGUCA